UUGCUUUCUAUUGUCUUUCUAUUUUUUGCAGUAAAUCCCGACGUGGAGGAGCAGAUCUGGGAGCACGUUUUUGAGUCUUAUCCUACCAAAGAUUCACGAAUCGUACUUUCUGACCCUAACUAUUUAAUUCCUGCCAUUGAAGAUGUCAGUGUGGAGGUGUUGUUUGAGCAACAUGACCUCCAUUCUGUUUUCAAAGCAUCGGCUGCCGGAUUCAUAGCUCUAGAAGGAUCUUGUCGCAACAUCAGGUGUGCUCUCAUCGUGGAUUGUGGUUUUUCUUCCGUUACUGUUGCGCCGUUUCUUGACGGAAAGGCUAUCCAGCAAGGACUUGUAAGGUAUUGCGUUAUUCUUCCGUCCUUCUUUUUUGGUAUCAAUGGAGCUGAGGCUCCAUUUUAG